UGGCCAGCCGUCAGGGCGGGCGCCGCCUCCCGCGGGUGCAGCGAGGGAGGGGGAGGUCUGGCGGCCGCAGGGAGACAGCGGCUGAGGCGGCGCGGAGCGGAGCGGAGCCGGAGCUGUAGCUCUUCUGCCCACUUGCAAGUGCAACUGGUAUGGGUAAUGGUGUGAGAGAAGGUCAAGUGGAUUUCAAACAGCAGGAUGUGGAGCCAGUUACAUCGACCCGUCUUCCGUCAGAGGAUAACCAGGAGAAAAAGAAAGUACUCAACUCCCUGAUGUCUGGUGCAUUGGCUGGUGCUGUUGCUAAAACUGCAGUAGCUCCACUGGAUAGGACAAAAAUCAUGUUUCAAGUGUCUUCAAAAAGAUUUUCUGCCAAGGAAGCCUACAGGCUGAUUUAUCGCACCUACCUCAAUGAAGGCUUCUGGAGUCUCUGGCGAGGGAACUCAGCCACCAUGGUCCGUGUGAUCCCUUACGCUGCCAUUCAGUUCUGCGCGCACGAAGAGUACAAGCAGCUCCUGGGGAGUUACUACGGCUUCCAGGGAAAAGCGCUGACACCCUUUCCUCGAUUCAUUGCUGGCUCUCUGGCAGGCACAACGGCUGCCAUGUUAACCUACCCCUUGGAUAUGGUCCGUGCUCGAAUGGCUGUCACGCCGAAGGAGAUGUACAGCAAUAUUGUUCACGUCUUCAUACGAAUAUCCCGAGAGGAAGGAUUGAAGACAUUGUAUAGGGGAUUUACGCCGACCAUCCUUGGAGUGAUUCCAUAUGCUGGGCUUAGCUUCUUCACCUAUGAGACGUUGAAGAAACUGCAUGCAGAUCACAGUGGGAAAUUGCAGCCAUCCCCUCCGGAGCGGCUUUUGUUCGGUGCCUGUGCAGGCUUGAUCGGCCAGUCAGCCUCUUACCCCCUGGAUGUUGUUCGCCGACGCAUGCAGACAGCGGGGGUUAUGGGACACACGUACAGUUCCAUCCUUCUCACCAUGCAGGAGAUUAUAAGAGAAGAGGGACUAAUCCGUGGCUUGUACAAAGGACUCAGCAUGAACUGGGUCAAAGGUCCGAUUGCAGUGGGAAUAAGCUUCACAACCUUUGACCUGACGCAGAUCCUUCUCCGUAAAUUACAGCACAGCACUAAUGUUGAAAGGUAGUAGCUUAAUCCCCACAGCCCUUGCUGGGGAAAAGUACAACAACGUGUAGAAAGAGCAAUGCUAGUGUCCCCUCACAUUGUACAUGCUCUCCUGCAGCUGAGAACUUUGUUUGUUCUGUUGUUGUAAUUUUUUUCUUUUGAAUGAGCCUCUGAGUUUUAUGGAAACCUCGACCUGAAACUAACUCUUUCCUGAACAAAAUUCUUACGGUUCUGCAGAACUGAGUCCUCUAAAGCAGCUGCCUCACCCUUCUGUUUUACUCUUUGAUACCGGGAGUGGAGCCUCUCAAACAAACACGUGCUGCUGCUGGCUCCUCACCUGGGCUCUGUGGGCAGAUGAAGCGGUGGAUGAUGAAAGAGAGGACUCGGUGCUGUUGGAAUGAACCCCUGGAUCUGGGAAGUGACUGCUGCUCCUGGUAGGCAGUUUUGAGUUACUGAACAUGUGUUAGCUGGAGGCAGCGUGCCAAGUGCAAUAUUCCAUUUAGUCUGUCGGGAGUUGCAGAUUCCUCUGACCUGUAAGCAUCCGUCUCCAUAAAACAGGACGCAGCAGGAUUUAACAGGUCCAGGUCACUCCUUUUGUUCUGGAAGUUGAAUGUGAGCUCCGGCUAGAAAUGCUGCCCUUUUCCCAACGUUCUUCUCGUUUCUGGGUUGAGUUGCGUAAAAUCUCGCUUGCUUGCAAUGUUCCUCUGAGAUUACCAAAGACUGUAGACAGCAGGGGAGGAAAGUUCUGAGCAGUUUUGCAAAUCCAAUUCUCAUGUUUGUUGUCAGUGUUACUGAGCAGGGGCUGUGCCCGGAUUCACGAACAGGAUUGAAUCGAACUGCAGAGAUGCUUUCGGGCUCCCCGAACCCUUCCAUUGUUGUCACGGUCUUCAAGGCAGCGUUUUUGGGGGGAUUUGGCAGGCUGUAGCGUUGAUGCACUAGAAAAGGAGGCGUCGCGUAAAGUUGAAGCAGUUUUAUCCUUCAGUAUUAUUGUCGCUGCUUUCUGCACAAUGUGAGAACAAACGUCCCGCAGGUGCACGCGUGACACAAGCGGCGCCAUCCUGCAAGGCAUGUUCGCGUCUGGUGGAUACAGCCUAGUAGUUGACUCAAGCUUCUGGCCCUGCUUCGGAACAACUUGGUUGUCCUUUGGUGCCUGCUGUGUAGGUUGUGUCACCUCUGUUUAUUAGUCCACACCUAAGCCUACUUGCUUUUAUUCCUAGAGUUCUUCUGGACCGACUGGGUCCUUGGGAGAAUGGGCAGCACAGCUGGUAUGGACCCUGCAGAAAUUAUAUCUAGUGCCAAUCAUUUCUAGUUGCAAGUUGAAAAUGAAUGGGGAAGCACCUUUCAGCGUUUCUGUUUCAAGUGGGUUUUCAGGGAAAAGGAGAUUUGAGGGUGGUUUCGGUUUAUGUUCCAUUCCUCUGUUAAAUUGGGAGUGCAAGAGAGGUCAGAGAAGCUUGAGAGUUCUCUGAGAUUCGGAUUACAUAAACCAAGAUUAAAAAUCCCUUUCCAGCUGAUAUAGUCUGUAAUGUAUGAAAGGAAAAUAAGGUAUAAUUUAAAAGCUGUCCUUUCCUGGUGUACGUAGUUUAGCCGUUGUAGUUCGAGCUUUGUGUCAUGGCUUUGUUAAUGGGAAUGGAGGGAAUUGCACAAUUGGUAGAAAUAGCUUUCUCCUUUCUUUUGUCUUUGCACUUGUUCUUUGGAGCAUAACUUGCUUCUAAUGCCAAAUAUUUCCCUAGGAAUUGAGCACCUACACUUCCAUUUUGUGGACACGGCAGAGAGCCAGCGUACUGAAGUAUUAGCAUGCGUGUUGUUCCUGGAACACGUGCGAUACUGUCAUGGUUGUGGCUGGGCGGGGUAUUAACCUCAGUAAUUUCUGCCUCCAAGCCCACAAAUGAUGAUUUCCGUUGUGAAACUUGACUGCAGUUGCCGAUUUACCUUGUAAUUAAAGCAAUGUUAGGUGGUGGUGUUUGAAGAGUCUUUAGAAACGAUAGCCAUGAGUUCUCUGUAUUUUUUGCUCCAUUGCUAAUGGAAGAUGAUCAGUUGUUCUCUUCGUUGGGGUGAAAUUCUGUGAGUCCUUUGCGAGAGCUCUGAUUUCUUUUCUCCAAUGGAGAAGCCAAUUACUUCUGCUCUUGUCUUUAUCCCGUCUGGCCCAGUGAGGAAAUACGAAGCCAGUUGCAUCCUACCACCGGGGUGAGGUGCAGAGCAGCAGCUAGGUGUCCCCGCAGCCGACGGCGUGGACCUGACCGUGCGUACAAUGCGUAGCGAGUUCUCUUGCAGCUUGAAGGGUGCCGGUUCAGAGCGCGGCCCUUUCUGCACAGCCGGUGGGUACUACCUGAGGAUGGUCUCCCUGGCUCCAUAGCACGGUAGGUCCUCUCGGAGGCGAGCACAGCAGAGCUUGUCUUACGAGGUGCUGAGCAUUGCUGAACCCCUGUGGCAACGGAGGUGGCUUGAUGCCUCCUGGGUCCCAACUGGGAAGGGAUUUACACUGGAUAUGACUAACCGCUUGGUUGGGACCGAACGGGAGGGCACAGGGUGCCGUCUGCCGUGUCAGGGGUGCAGCUGGUAUAGUACCUGGACAAGGAGAAGUCUGUGGAGGAGGCAGCUUCUGGCUGGCUGGCCCUGGCAUCGCCCACCGUGCAGCCAGAGCCUGGCAACUCCGAGGUGAGAAACAGGACCUGAAGCACAGCCAGACUUGGAAGCACUGGGCUCAGAUAAGUUGUUCCUUAAUUAGCAGCUGUACCUGAUUAUAAUUCAGUGGAGUUUUAACCAAACACGUUUUUCCAAGUUUUGCAGGCUGAGUGUUUGUUCAGAGACAGAUCUUUGAAUUCAGUCUGUAAUGGUUUUGGUGCUUUUGUUUCUUGGACAAAAGUGUUCAGAGUAACUAUGUGUUACUGCUUUGGGUUCGUUUAAAUAGCUUUUUUUCUUUUUUUCUUCUCUGGUUUGAAUGUAGAAAAGGAGAAAACAGAGUGUUCUCUUCCCUUCUCUUAAUCCUUGCAUGAAUUGAGGCAUGUUCCAGAUCUCUCUGCUGCCUGGAAUGAGUGCCCAAGGAGUUUGGGCACACUGGUUUGGAAAGGGAGGGUGUCUGUGUGCUGGCCAGGAAGGUCUGUUGCCUUUAGCUCUGAGAACAGAGACAAGUCUAACAGGAAUAUUCUCUAGUCCUUUAUUUCUUUAGAACUUCUUUACUACCACAGAUUCUCCUAUUUUUCAUCUUAUUCUUCUCAGAUUCCUUGCUUUUAUUUUCAAGUCAUUGUUCCUUAAUGCGUUACCGCCAAACAUUAAUUUGUGCUUCCCCCCGCCCCUUGUCUGCUCUCCCUCCCUUCCUGCUUCUGCACCUUUAGUCCUGCACUAGCACUUCGAGAAAAUCGGGUCCGAUGAAAUGCAUUCAGAAUUACAAACCCACAGCUUUGAGAGCGAUACCCAACCAGGCAUCCCACUCACAGGCGGGGAUGCUUAUGGCAUGGGGCAAGAACUUAAAGGCAUUAGGUGAUGGGGCAGAAGGGUUUUUGAAAGGUUCUUGAACUACUUGUCCAGCCUAGCGCCGUCGCUUCUCCUAGCUCCUUUUCUUCCCAAGCUGUGAAACGCUGCUGCUUCUCGCCGUUCCCUCUUUGGGCACCUCCGCGUGAUGCCCGCUCUCUCCGUGGAAGUGGCUGCUGGCUUGGGCAGGUGGUUCUGGGAGAGCUGGUCCUUCUGGGAUGCUCAGUUAGGGGACUUGCACGUGAAAGGUGGGAUCUGAGCUGGCGUCUUGCAAACCUGUUUGCAAACAGGGCUCUGCCAGUUCCCCGGGAAGGUGCCGGUGGUUGGCAGGACUGUGGUGGAAGGAUCAGGAGAGGGGUCCCAGGCUCCUGAGGCAUGAAGUCCUUGGAAGCCCUGGGGUGGGAUCAGGAGAGGGGUCCCUGGAAGCCCUGGGGUGGGCAUCGGUACUCCAUGGGAGCUCUCCGAAAGCAGUUUUGUAGCUUCUGUGGGAAAACAGCGGUACUUCUGAUAACUUCUUGCCACCAUCCACCUGGAAGGACGCGAGCACUGUUGUCUUUUUACACAAAAAGCAGAUGAAAGGAAACCUUGAGCAGAAGCACUGUGGCAACCCCGAGCGAGUGUGGUGCCAGGCCUGGGCGGGCAGGAGGGGAAGGAAUGCGGUGUGGAAUACUUCCCAUGCCCUUCUCCCAGUGCCUGACUGGGUGCUUGGACCCUGCAGGGAGCCCAGGGUGCGCUACGGACCCCCCCUACCUGGACUGGGCCAGAGGAGGAGGUGGCCUUCCUACAAACCAGCCUUUUUUUAUUAUUAUUUUUAAUUGUAGGGGCUGAUUCCUCCCGCUACCCCCGUCUCCCCCGUAAAUGCCGUGUGCUGCAGGGUUUCCCAGCACUGUUCACUGCCUGUGUGGUCUAUGCAUAUAUUAGCACAAACACUGUUAAAUGCCUUUUGUCCAGACGUGUCCUCACAAUCGAUGUGUGUGUGUAUGCGUGUGUGUCAGUUUGGAACUGCUUUUCUUGGAUCUGGAGUUCUAUUUUAUUGCAGUGAAGACACUUUGUUAUAUAAUGUUUAUAUAUUUUAAGAUUUGUGCCAAGAGAGGAUGUAUAUUUAAUAAAAAAUAUAAUUGACUUUG